AUGAAUGUGUUUAUGCUGCAUAGCAAGGAAGAGGUUGACUUAGAAAAGUUUUGGAAAAUCGAAUCUAUGGGAGUCGAACCAGUCACCAAGAAUCAGGAAUAUGAACAGUACUUGACACAUUACCAAGAUACGUGCAUUACCUACAACGACGGUAAGUACAUAGCAAAGUUACCUUGGAGAGAACACGUUACAUUAUCGACCAAUGAAUUGAUCAGCCGGCGCAGAACUGAAAAUGUAAUCAACCGACUGAGGAAAGAACCUAAACUACUACACACGUAUGGGGAGAUAAUUAGAGAGCAAGAACAACGAGGAUUUAUAGAAGAGGUACCAGCCGACUAG